AUCUAUACAUAUAUAUAUAUAUAUAAGAAAGAUUGUAAAAUUCACAAAAAUCGUUAAAAUCCACGAAGGUUGUUUAAAUAAUUUUAAGAUUAACGAAAUAUAUAUGGGUAAAAAUUGGAAUAUGCAUAAAUGGAAUGUUUUAUCGACCGAUGAAAAUAUUUCGAUACAAGUGAUAUAUUCUCAUACUUUCAUAAACCAGAUUUUUUUUUGUAAACGAGUUUUUACAAUUUAUUUUUAAUCUUUAAAUAGAUACGUUUAUUUUCUAAUAAAAAAAAGAAACAAAUAUGUAUAUGUAUAUGUAUAUAUGUAGAUCUUCUCUUACCACGAAGGUAAAUGCAGAGUAAAGUAUACUUUUUAGUAAUACGUAAAAGAUGAUAGGAUCGACAGCUGGUGCCAUCGGGUGAAUGGUUAAAAUAUUAACGAAACCUUUCAAAUCAUUCGAGUAACUUAGCUGUCAUGACGAUAAAGUUUGUUUACAUGGCAAUUGAGUCCUCGAGUUCUCUAUCAAAUCAUAUUAUUACUACUGCAAUAGCACGUGCCGGUAAUCGAACUUAGUAAAUAACAGUUCUUGCUUUCGUAGCUUGUGUUUCUUCUGUCAUCGAAAAUUAUAUCAUAAACGAGACGAGAGAAGUUUUUCGUUUUUCUUUCCUUUCUCUAUAAAUGAAGAAAUAAAAUUAAACGGAAAUUAUAAAAAGUUCAAUGAUUCCCAUUCGACUUCCGACCGCCAUUUCUCACACCGAGUCGAUAGACUGGAAAAGAUACAACAACGGUGAGGAGGAAGAAGAUGAAGAGGAAAGGUAUAAAUACGAGGAAGAGGAGGAUUUUAUCGAAGUUGAAUAUCAACCUACGGCCGUCCCAAUUACACGCGAAAUUCUACAAAAAAUUCAACAAGAAUUGGGUUUAAUUCAAUUAUGUUGGCCCGAGAAGGAUAUUAGAAAAGACGUAUACUUGUCAACUUUGCCAGAUAGUUAUUGUAGUGUCAAUGAUAAGGAAAGGUUAUUGCUUUUGUAUGCUGAGAAUUUUCGAAGACAAUUCCAUACUAAAUACAAGGAUAGAAAGCCUAUUUUAUUGGCAUGUGAAAAUGAAUGUGGCGUGCAGAAAUUUGUGUCUACGAGUAUAAGACGAAGUACACUGCCAUAUCCGGAACUGUACACGUGGCAGGGAUGCGCAAAAUUUGUUAGCGACUACAUAAGUUACGAGCCACUUGGCAAGGAGGAUCUCGUAUUGCCAGCAAUCCUACGCUCCCCAUCGUGGUUAAUCAAUUUUCGCAGCGGUAAUAGUUUCGAGUGUGCAACGUUCUUGACGAGUCUCCUAUUAGGACAAGGAUAUAAUGCAUUUGUAGUUUUUGGCUAUGCAUCCCGCGAACAAGUUCAAUACAAUAGGACCAAAAUCUCCUGCCCGUAUUUACCGGAAGAUUUGAAAGAAUUAAAACUGUCGAAAGAAGAAGAUGUUAAUUUAAUAUAUAAUUUGAAACCUCCUGCGGAUUUUAGAAGCAAAUUUUUAUUGAAACUGGAUGCCAGAGAAAAGCUUAAAUUGGAAACUGAAGUUCAAGAGGAAGAAGAAAAGCAAGCUAGAAUUAUAAUUGAAUUGGAAAAACCACCACCAGAUAAAUAUUAUGGACAUAGAGUUCAUGCAUGGGUCGUCGUCUUACCUGCUCUUAAUAAUAUGAAAGAAAGACAAGUUACAAAUCCAUUCUUUAUCGAGCCCUCCUCCGGAGAAAUGUAUGAUCUGCUCGAUCCUCAAACUAAUCUUUUAUACCUAGGUGUAGAAAGUAUCUGGAAUGAUGAAAAUUAUUGGAUAAAUAUGCAGCAGGAUUUGACGAUUGGUUGUGACAAAAUAAAUUGGAAUUUAACUCUAACGGAGCUAUGGGAGCAUCUACUUCCUGGCGAAUCAUGGAUUAUGCGUGACGUUGAGGAUGAUCUAAACGAAGAAUUAAAUAUUGAGAUAGAGCGGGAGAAACACUUAGAUAUGCCCUCCUCUUAUGUAAAUGAAAUAUACAUAAAUAGUUUAGAUUUUGAGAGGCGAUAUCCUCGAGGUCAUAAGACAAUAUUUUACAAGAAAGUUAAAGUAGAUUUGUAUGCUCCUUAUACGCAAUCAGAUGGAAUAAUAGAAAAACUAACAAUAUAUGAUGAUUAUGAGUAUACAACUCCGAUUGAAAUUUAUGAAAAAUAUGCUAAUAGGAACGAUAAUUUAGUAAAAUCACGAAGAAACUUGAAUACCAAUUAUAUUAUCGAUUACUAUGAAAGGGGUCGCUCUGAUGCAUGUAAAGAACAUCGCUAUUAUAAUCACGACAAUAGUUCAUUCGUAUUUAGCGAAAGAGUAUUAUGUUUCUAUGACAUGGUUCGUCUUGAUGGAUUAUCAGAAAUCCAUAUGUAUCCUUUCCGUUUAACACAAUAUUAUGUUAAUCGUGAAGAUCUCCUGUACUACAGGAACGCCGAGUUCUCGCCGUAUAAAGAUGAAUCUACAAUAGAAGGAAUACAUUAUCGUUAUAUUCAAACGAUAACUGAAAAAUAUCAUAGAAAUGAAGUACUACCGGCAUCUAGAGAUAUUGCUGUACGUGAAUUUGUUUUAACGGAAAAAGAGAUACAUCUGAAAUUUCAUUAUGAAGAUGAAAGAAUCACAAGAGCUAUACGGGUAUAUAAGAAGCCAGAAACAGGAGAACAUCUUAAUAUUCAUACCGCUAUCAUUCAAGAGUACAACUCGGAUAUUAUGUCACCGCCUGAAAAAAGCUUACAUCUAUUUUAUGAAAUAGAAAAAUUAUUAAAGGAGGAAGACCAAUGUGUAUCUAAUAUCAGAGAUGCCGAAAGUGAAAUUUCUUUAUUUAUAAAAAGACGAACGAGCGAAUAUUUAAGUCCAAAUUUAAUGAUUUCUUCGUUCGACAGAAAUAGAAUUGAUACGAGAAAAUCCAUAAAGGCUACAACAACGGUAUCUUCUUCGCAAGACAUUGCAAAACCUCCUGAUCACUUGGCUCCAUACUUGGCACGAAUAGGAAAUCCAAAGCAGAUAAGUAAAGCUCAAGCAUAUCUAUUACGAGAAGAUUGUUUAAAUGAUUUUAAGCAAUCAGAGGUGGAUAAAGGGAAUCUUAUUUUACGCGAAUCUGAAAAGCUUACACAGAAACUGAAUGAAUUGCAAAUGUUACUAACACAGAAUGAAGAUUUAACGCGGGAGGAAGAAGAAGAGUUUAUAGCAAAAAGCAAUGACAUAACCUUUAAUCUGCAGUUGUUGGAUAUAAAGUUAGAACGUCAUAAGAAUUUAGUUCCUAUACGAUAUAAAAUGCUAGUAGAGCUUUUACAGGAAGACGAACGCCUUUCCAGUCUCUACAAGUAACAGUAAUUAUAUUAACAGAAAUUGUAGAAACAAACAGGGCAGACAAUCGGGGUUUCUUUCGUCAGAAGGUUUUGCCAUUUCCCAACUUAAUUCCGAGUAUUUCAAUCCUAAUAGAAGACUCUGUUAAAGAAAAACUAAAUCGUUAUGGAUAU